AAUGUGGGCUGGACCCCACAAUUUGAUGGAGUGGAGAUCAACACAACAAACAGCUUUAUAAUCGAGCAAUUCUUGAAUGAUCAAGUCAACGAUAGGACCGAUGAGUAUGGUGGAAGCAUUGAGAACCGUUGUCGACUCGCUCUUGAAAUUAUAGGAGCAGUAGCGAGGGAAAUUGGAGCAGAUAAAGUUGGCAUAAACCUCUCUUUUUUAUCCGAAGUAUACGGUAAAAAAAACUCGAACCCAGAAGCUUUGGCGACAUAUUUGGCUAGUGAACUCACUAAACUCGGAGUAUUAUAUCUUCAUGUAUCUGAGCCAAAGGAGCAACAUCGUAAUUACCUAAAAUCCAUCGGAAGGGCUUUUGAAGGGACUCUUAUUGCUUCUGGUGGAUAUCAUAAAACUGAGGGAAAUGAAGCUAUAGCUGAAAGUUAUGCAGAUUUGGUCUCAUUUGGACGUUUGUUUUUGGCAAAUCCUGAUUUACCUAAACGUUUUGAGGUAAAUGCACCAUUGAACAAACAUGAUAGGAGCACUUUUUACAAGACUGAUCCAACUUUGGGUUACACUGAUUAUUCAUCUCUUGAAGUGGCUUAAUUCUACCUCAUAACGCUAGAGGUAAAUAAAAAUACGUGAAUUUUUUACCGGUGUUCUUGGCGAAAAGGUCAUUGAAAUUGUUUUCUGACGAAAAACAUUUCGAUAGAUUCUGUUGGAAAUACGCGUGAGCAAGCUUGCUUUGUGUGAUGACGAUGAUGAUUAAUUUACUAGCAUCUAUUGGAUGUGGAGUAUACGUAAAUCAUCUCAAAUUAUUAUGUACUAAUUUGUUUGAUAUUCUGUAAGCUAAUCGAAGUAAUUAAUGUGUGGUGUAAUUAUGUUGCUCCUAUGAUUAUAUAAUGGUAAAUGGUGCUGCAUGCCUUGUUUUCAGAGAAAAUAAAUGAAGUGAAUAUAAUCCUACCCUUUUAAUU